AUGUCGGUCUACGCGACGCCACCAGCCGACGGUGCUUUCUACAGUGACCUCUGGUGCGCAGGCGCAAACACAGAGACGGAGCUGUUUCUGUCCAUAGAGGCCACCUCCACGGGGUCUCCGACAGGUCGAGCGACUUCGACGGCAACGAAUACGUCAGCAGCCGCAGAUUCGGGGUCGAACUCGGGAUCGAGCAAGGCGUGGAUAGCCGGCGUGGUCAUCGGUCCACUGGCCGGCAUCGCAUUGGGCGUGCUGGUGUUCUUCAUGCUCAGGAGGCGGUGGAAGAAGAAGCAUGAUGCCACCACGGCCGCUGCUACUGCGCCCGGCGCUCAGAAUGGUGACGGUUACGGAAUGCAACAAGACUGGUCCAAGACGCAGACUCCCUCUGGGUAUUCUCACCAGCAAUGGCAGACAAGUCCUCACCCCCCUCCUUUGGAGCUGGACACGAAUCGGUUCGCGGGACCGCCUAGAGAAAUGGAUACUGCGAAUGCCACGGCAAGCGAGUUGGAUGCGGAACAGGUACCAAGGAGAUGA